AUGUCGCAAACUCUCAACCACUCAACCCCAAUCAUCAUCGUUGGGGCAGGCGUCUUUGGCCUGUCCACUGCAUGGUGGAUCGCUCGAGCCGGGUACCGCAACAUACGCGUGCUCGACCGAUGGCAAGUCCCAUCCCCUUCGUCCGCGGGCUACGACCGAAACAAGAUCAUUCGCACCGAGUACGUCGACGGCCACUUCUCCGUCCUCUCGCAGGAGGCGAUCCAGUUCUGGCGAGAGCCGCUCUGGAGAGACGUCUUCCAUCCUACUGGCUGGUUAUACGGAACCGACGGGUCUCUAGACGAGGAUAGAGCAAAGACCUUUGACACUGCUGUCGCCAAUACGCGCUCUCUGGGCGACCCGUCUCACAUCGUCGACCUGCCCGACUGGCAGCACAUGUUCGACUUGUAUCCGUCAAUGGGGUACGCCCAUCAUCGACGCCAGAGGCAGCACGGACGGUAUCCGACAGCGAAAGACAACGAAUCCACCCCAGCUGGCGAGAAGGCAAAUGAUCCCCCUGCCACCUUCCGAGGGAUAUACAACCGCAAUGCCGGCUGGGUCGAGUCCACGCACGCCAUGACAAUCCUAAAGCGCGAAUGCACCAGACUCGGCGUCGAAUUCAUCGCCGGUGAAUCAGGCACUGUAACAGGCUUCGUGCGGGACCCCAACAACCCCAGAACCGUCACCGGCGUGCACACCGCAAACAAGACCAUCUGGCACGCCGGCAAAGUCAUCGUCUCCGUCGGCGCAUACUCGGAGACCCUGCUCGACUUCAAGAACCAGCUGCACGCCGUCGGAUACCCCGUCACGCACAUCCGCAUGACCGAGGAGCAGUACCAGCGGUACAAGGACCUGCCUGUCGUCGCUAUCACCCGCCGGGGAUACUUCUUCCCCCCGAACGAGGACCGCAUUUUCAAGAUCUGCACCAUGGAUAUCACCAUGGUCAACCGCGAGCGCUGGUCCGAGCCCCAGCCCGUGGGCGAGGGCGAGGGCGAGGGCGACUUGGGCAGGGUGCGAAGCCUGCCGCGCGACCAGGCGUACCACCCGACGGACACGCAGCCGCGGAUCAGCCGGCUGAAGACGCUCGAGUUUGCACGGUACAUAUUGCCCGAGUUUGGCGACGCCGAGGUGGAGAGUAGCAAGCUAUGCUGGGACGUGGAGACCCACGACGACCACUGGAUCAUCGACUACCACGACUCUGCGCCGGAUUCGCUGUUCAUUGCCACGGGGGGCAGUGGGUAUUCGUUCAAGAACCUCACCAACGUCGGCAAGUACGUUGUGCAGGCGCUGGAGGGGACGCUGGAUGACCGGUGGAAGGAGUACUGGCGUUGGCGGCCGGAUCGUGUAGGGCUAUUUCCGGAGAGAGAGCACAGGAAUGCGCGGGUCAAGUAUGACUUGCGGGACUGUGAGGGAUGGAGACACACUGCUACACGUUUAUAG